GAUAUGUGUUUGAAACACAUUGUGCAUUUAAAAAACAGAUCCAUUGCAGUAGCUGAGUAUUAAAUCCCCGCCUACUUUUUGAUUGACAAUUAUUUUGACCAAUCGCUUCGCUGAGUGGUACAGGGUAACGUUUUCGAUCCACCAAUCACAACAGAGUUCAUUGAAAGGAGACCUGCUACUGUGCCGUCUUUGUGUUGACAUCUUCGGAGGACUUAGAGUGUUUGAAUGGAUAUUACCAGGUGCACGGAGAAAUGGGUAAAACAAGAAAAGGAGAGGCCUCCAAUAUCCUCCAUAAUGCUGUCUAGCAAGAAGUCAGACGCUGGCUCAUCUUCCUCCUCCUCUUCAUCUUCUGCGGGAGCAGCGGGAGGGGAUAGGGCCACGGUUUCUGAUGCCCAGACUGGUCCAUCGGCCUCAGCGGCAGGCCCUAUGGAUGUAAAGAAAAAGGAGAGGUCAUCCCCUAGUGGGGAACCUGGAGGAGCUCCUUUGCCUCACCAAGCAGGCCCGGGGGGGGCAGACCAAGACUCAGCUGAAGUUCGCAGAACAAGUCGUCGCAAGCGAGCAAAACAGGUGGAGUACCGCGAGAUGGACGAGAGCCUGGCUAAUCUGUCGGAGGACGAAUAUUACUCUGAGGAGGAGAGGAAUGCCAAGGCAGAGAAAGAGAGGAAGCAGGUCAUCCCUCCACCACCUCCACCACCAGAAGAAGAGAAUGACAGUGAACCAGAGGAGCCUUCUGGCGUAGAAGGAGCUGCUUUCCAGAGCCGUCUUCCUCAUGACCGUAUGACAUCCCAGGAGGCCGCCUGCUUCCCUGACAUCAUCAGCGGUCCCCAGCAGACUCAGAAGGUCUUCCUCUACAUCCGCAACCGUACGCUCCAACUGUGGCUGGACAACCCUAAAAUCCAGCUGACCUUUGAGGCCACAGCACAGCAGCUUGAAGCUCCAUACAACAGUGAUGCUGUGCUGGUCCACAGAAUACACAGCUACUUAGAAAGGCAUGGUCUCAUUAACUUUGGCAUUUACAAGAGGGUCAAGCCUUUGCCCACUAAGAAGACUGGGAAGGUUAUAGUCAUUGGUGGAGGUGUGUCUGGCCUAGCUGCAGCCAGGCAGCUGCAGAGCUUCGGGAUGGAUGUUACCGUGUUGGAGGCCAGGGAUCGUGUUGGAGGCAGAGUGGCCACAUUUAGAAAAGGCAACUAUGUUGCUGAUCUGGGAGCCAUGGUGGUGACAGGGCUGGGAGGGAAUCCCAUGGCAGUAAUCAGCAAGCAGGUUAACAUGGAGCUGGCCAAGAUCAAACAGAAGUGUCCACUGUAUGAAGCCAAUGGCCAGGCAGGUGAACGGUGCACCAGUGUGCCAAAAGAAAAAGAUGAGAUGGUGGAGCAAGAGUUCAACAGAUUGCUGGAGGCCACCUCCUUCCUCAGUCACCAGCUGGACUUUAACUUCCUGAACAACAAACCUGUUUCUCUGGGACAGGCGCUGGAGGUGGUCAUACAGCUUCAGGAGAAGCAUGUAAAAGAUGAGCAGAUAGAACACUGGAAGAAGAUUGUAAAGACUCAGGAAGAUCUCCGAGAUCUUCUCAACAAGAUGGUGACCACUAAGGAACGGGUGAAGGAGCUCCAUCAGCAGUAUAAAGAGGCCAGCGAAGUCAAACCACCCAGAGAUAUCACAGCUGAGUUCCUUGUGAAGAGCAAGCACCGUGACCUCACAGCGCUCUGCAAAGAGUAUGACGAGUUGGUGGAGAUGCAGGUCAAGCUGGAGGAGAAGCUGCAGGAGCUGGAGGCAAAUCCACCCAGUGAUGUUUACCUGUCAUCCAGGGAUCGGCAGAUCCUCGACUGGCACUUUGCCAACUUGGAGUUUGCCAACGCUACGCCUCUCUCCACUCUUUCUCUCAAGCAUUGGGAUCAGGAUGAUGACUUUGAGUUCACUGGCAGCCACCUGACAGUAAGGAAUGGUUACUCUUGUGUUCCCGUGGCCCUGGCUGAAGGCUUGGACAUCAAACUAAACACAGCAGUGCGGCAGGUCCGAUACACAGCCUCUGGCUGUGAGGUGAUAGCCGUCAACACUCGCUCCACAACCCAGACCUUCAUAUACAAGUGUGAUGCUGUGCUGUGCACCUUGCCUCUCGGCGUGUUGAAGCAGCAACCCCCUGCUGUGCAGUUUGUUCCCCCGCUGCCUGAGUGGAAGACAUCGGCUAUACAGAGGAUGGGCUUUGGCAACCUCAAUAAGGUGGUGUUGUGUUUUGACCGAGUGUUCUGGGAUCCCAGCGUCAACCUGUUUGGUCAUGUCGGCUCCACCACAGCAAGUCGGGGCGAACUCUUCCUCUUCUGGAACCUCUACAAAGCCCCGAUCCUGCUCGCUCUGAUGGCUGGUGAGGCCGCUGGCAUCAUGGAGAACAUCAGUGAUGACGUGAUUGUGGGACGCUGCCUGGCCAUCCUCAAAGGAAUAUUCGGAAGCAGCGCUGUACCACAGCCAAAGGAAACUGUGGUCACUCGUUGGCGUGCAGACCCCUGGGCCCGGGGCUCCUACUCGUACGUCGCAGCAGGUUCUUCGGGUAACGACUAUGACCUUAUGGCACAACCCAUCACACCUGGCCCUGCUAUACCGGGAGCCUCACAGCCUGUCCCUCGUCUCUUCUUCUCGGGGGAGCACACGAUCAGGAAUUACCCCGCUACAGUUCACGGCGCCCUGCUCAGCGGGCUCCGCGAGGCCGGACGCAUUGCAGAUCAGUUCCUGGGUGCCAUGUACACACUUCCCCGACAGGCCACUCCCACAACUGCCAGCAACCCUCAGCAGGCUCAGCCAACUCCCAGCGUCUGAAAUUGCCCCUCCCAGUUCCUGCCAACUCAGGACCGCGGGACCAACUAUAGCAGUUAAUAAGAAAAUACAAACGUUUACCUACAAAGUGUUGAUAUUUCUGUACGUGAAAGGUCUUGGAAGUCCCUGACAACACUUUGCAUCAUUGCCUUUAUGCAAGUACUGACACAGAGAAUUUAUUUUCUGGCUUUAGGUAUGAUGUGAAAUUGAGUUUCCUUAACUGGAGCAUUUCAGUUCCUCAGACUUAUUUUGGAAAGCUAGUGACUGUUCACAUUUCCAGCUAAAUAUGGAAACAGAUGUAACCUACCACAAAGACUGCUAAAGAAUAAAUCCCAAUUUUGUUAUAUAGUAAUGUAAUAUAACUCAUCUUUAGAAAUGUGUGAUUUCAGUCUUAAAAUCAGAAGCAUGGCAUUAUAUGUAUUUAAUUUGUGGAGCAUGUCUGCAAAACCCAACAUCUAUUUAUAUGCUCUUGUCUAAAUCCUUAAUGUACACAGAACCUAGAGCCAGAUAUCAUAUAAAACAGAUGACCAACCUGGUAGCAGUUUCAAUCUCAAUGCCUUGUGCUGGUUGUGUUCAUUCUUAAGACAUUGCUAUGUACUGUAGCUGUAUGCCUCCUACAUGAUUUAGGUUGCAGAGUGUAGUGAAAAUCGUUUGUAUUAAAGGUUAAAAACACAGAUAUGUUGAAAGAAUUGUGAAUGUUUUUGUUGCCAUAGCAGUUCAAGUAUUUUAUUAUGGUUGUCACCACAUACUUUUUUUUUAUAUUGUCAGUUGUUUUGUUAUUAAAAGAAGAAAUUGUAUCUUGAAA